GUGCGAGGACUCUGCACCCCGACGGUGGCCGAGGGGCUGAGCUGGCUGACUGCUCCUUUGGCUGUGUGUCACUAAGGCCUGUUUGCACUUGGGAACAAAGCAAGGCCUUCAGGUUUAAUUACUUCCAGCCUCAAGGAUGGCAAUCCAGUUGCGCUCACUCUUCCCAUUGGCGUUGCCUGGGAUGCUGGCACUCCUCGGCUGGUGGUGGUUUUUUUCUCGCAAAAAAGAGCAAGUCAGCAGCCAUGAUAGGCAGGCAGAGACCAGUGAUGUGGAGCUGAGGGCUGACCCUGCCAUCCAGGACCCACUCCCCAUGGGAGAGGCCUGUUGCGGAAUGUCCACACCCCUCAGUGUCACCCUGCCAGCAGAGAAGGAACCGAGGAAGCCUGCUGUGGAGCCCCCAGCCUUGCCUCGGAUGCACCCAACCAGGCAUCGAUCAGAGUCCUCGGGCAGCCUUCCGAAUGCCACAGAUGCCAGAUCUCCGCCAGGAACAUGCAGAGAUGACAGUGCAAAGGUAGAAUUUACCCUAAUCAAUGAUGAGGCCAAAUCGAUUCCUCCAGCGUGUCCCCUUCCACCCACAAAGGAUGUGCAGUUCCUGCACGAAGCAGCUGAGGUGUGUAAGCAAGAGUCCGUGACUAGCAGGGUAUCUGGGAGGAGCUGGCCUGACCAGUCUGUACCCUCCGCAGAGAAGCACAGCCCUGGGGAGAAGGCAAAAGAAACGGGUGGGACUGAAGGAACUGGUGAUGCAGUGUUGGGAGAAAAUGUGCUGGAAGAAGGUCUUUUGCCCCAGGAGCAAAGAUCAGAGUUAGAGAGCUGCAAGGCCCCUAGCCUGGCCUCCUUGGGAGGAGAUGGGGAGAAGGGACAGAGCAGCCCACUCCAGGUGGCUGUGUCCGUGCCCGUGCAGAAGGAAGAGUGCGAAGUGGGGAAGUUGCUAAGUAGCUUCGUGGAGUCUGCUCCCAUUGAGCUGGCAAAAGAUGAUGAGUUGCCCGCAACCCAGGUCAGAGGUGGCCAAGUCCAGGACAAAGAACUCAUAGGAGAACUGAGCAAAGAAGGGGCCUUGGAUACAAAUGAGAAGAUUGAGCAGGCUGCCUUUCAGAUAAUCUCUCAAGUGAUUUUGGAAGCAACUGAAGAGGUGCUGGCCACCACAGUGGGCAAGAUUGCAGGUCGUAUUUAUCAAGCCUCAACCACUCAGCUCCCAGGGCAAAAGGAGGAGGGCUGUGCUCCCAUCAGCCAGAGAACUGUUCCAGGGCAAGAGGCUGCGGAGCCCACUCUGGCCACAGCCAAGACAGCUGUUGAGCCAUUGGAUACAGCCUUCCCCUUGCCGGGCCAGCCAGUGGAAGACCAGUCAGCCCCAAAGACCUAUGUGAGCUGCCUGAGCAGCCCUCUGUCCAGCCCCAUCAAGGAUGGCAAGCCAAAGAUCUCUGCCCACCACAUUUCUCUGACGCCCUGCCCAGUACCAGCUGCCUCACUGGGAGAGGCGCAGGAUGAUUCCUGCGACUCUGUGGAAGAUACCACGUGUGACAUCUGCACGUCAGACGAUGGCCACGGCUGUUCUAUGGCUUCGGUGACUUCCUCGGGGCAGUGCUCCGUCAGCACCUCAGGGCUCGGCGACUCUUGCACAGAGACCACCUCCACCCCCAGGGACAAAUCCAUCACCCCACCGUUGCCAGAAAAUACUGUGCCCUUCAGCAAUGGGGUGCUGAAGGGGGAGUUGUCAGACUUGGGGGCUGAGGAUGGAUGGACCAUGGAUGCAGAAGCAGAUCAUUCGGGAGGUUCCGACGGGAACAGCAUGGAUUCAGCCGAUAGCUGCUGCAGCCUGCAGAAGACUAACGGUUCCCACAAUACCCAGGCAGGCUCCAACCCUAACAAAGUCGACCUCAUCAUCUGGGAGAUAGAGGUGCCAAAGCACUUAGUUGGUCGACUAAUUGGCAAGCAGGGGCGGUAUGUGAGUUUCCUGAAGCAAACAUCUGGUGCCAAGAUCUACAUCUCAACCCUGCCUUACACACAGAACAUCCAGAUCUGCCACAUAGAAGGCUCUCAGCAUCACGUUGACAAAGCAUUGAACUUGAUUGGGAAGAAGUUCAAGGAACUGAACCUCACCAAUAUCUACGCCCCCCCACUGCCUUCCCUGGCACUACCUUCUCUACCGAUGACAUCCUGGCUCAUGCUGCCUGAUGGCAUCACUGUGGAAGUCAUCGUGGUCAACCAGGUCAAUGCUGGGCACCUGUUUGUGCAGCAGCACACACACCCUACUUUCCAUGCACUGCGCAGCCUGGACCAGCAGAUGUACCUCUGCUACUCUCAGCCAGGGAUCCCUACCUUGCCUACCCCAGUGGAAAUAACGGUCAUUUGUGCGGCCCCUGGCCUGGAUGGGGCCUGGUGGCGAGCCCAGGUGGUUGCCUCCUAUGAGGAGACCAAUGAAGUUGAGAUUCGCUAUGUGGACUACGGUGGCUAUAAGAGAGUGAAAGUAGACGAGCUCCGACAAAUCAGGUCUGACUUUGUGACCCUGCCAUUCCAGGGAGCAGAAGUUCUUCUGGACAGUGUGAUGCCCCUGUCAGAUGAUGACCAUUUUUCACCUGAAGCAGAUGCAGCCAUGAGUGAAAUGACAGGAAAUACAGCACUGCUGGCUCAGGUCACAAGUUACAGUCCAACUGGCCUUCCGCUGAUCCAGCUCUGGAGUGUGUCUGGAGAUGAGGUGGUGUUGAUAAACCGGUCGCUGGUGGAGCGAGGCCUGGCUCAGUGGGUGGACAGCUACUACGCAAACCUUUGACCCUGGGCUCCACAGCCCUCUCUGGAGUCUUUUUUGCACUGUAAAAUUGGGCUUGGCCCUCAAGGCAAAAGUUUAACAUCAGAAUAAUAAUCCUUGUCCUCCAGUAAGUCCUUUUCUUCCCUGCCCCUCCUGUAGUCCUGUUGAGAAGAUGCUUAGUCUCUGAGAAGAAAGGGUGGAAGUGUGGGUGCUGUGCAAAGCCAUGGAAUGGCAUGGAGCAAGCCGGCUGGCUUCGCCUGGCUCUAAGCUGUUUAUAAAAACGAAACAAAACAAGAAAAAAAGGGAGAAAAAUUGUGCUCUUAGGUUGUCCCUCUACUCCACACCCUGCGCCUGUUCCUUACCCUCUUCCUCCGUCUGCUCUCCUUCCCUACUACAAAUCAGACGAGCUACAACAAACAGGCCAAGGCUUGUACGUAGUUUGCUGGAUAAGAUUUUUUCUAUUCCCCAAUCUUUGUUCAGGGAGCAAGACAUGAGCUGAUGAAUGGGUAUUAAUUACGUGUAUAGUUCACCUAAAUUAAUUGAUGGCGUCACCAGUUUUUAUACACUUUUUCUAGGGCACUAGGUACCCAGACUUUUUAAAAUGCAGACAUCAGUAUGAAGCGGUGAUCAUAGCUCCAGCCUUGGUCACUGUAAGGAUGGGAAGCCAGUAUCUUGCCAAGCCUGGUUAGCAUUUGUAACCAUUUUCUAUUUGUGCAAACUUUGUAAAUAUGUUUUAAAAAGUGUAAUAUUUUGUACAAGAUACACUGGAGAACAAAGGGAAUGCAAGACUUUCCCACCUGGCGUCAUCUGAGUUAAUUUUGUGGGGUGCAGCUGCCCAUCCUGGCUCUUCCGGCCAG